CACGAAGCAAUCUCGCCUCUACACACCAACCAGGCAUCAUAGACUUGUCUCACUUGAGCUCGGGAUUGCCGAAUUUUCCCUUUGCAAGGAGAAAUCAUUCUUCCUCGGAUAGAAGAGUGAUACUGCGAAGACUAUACAAGAGCUAAGCUGUGUCCCGUCAACUUUUUUCUCCCUCGCCUCAAUACCACAGACAUUUUUUGACGGAAACAAGAGCUCAACAUGAAGCCCUCUUUCCAAGUCCUAGCAGCCUUCGCUGCCACGGCCUCAGCAGCCGUACCACCAACCUAUCCCAACAUGCCUCCAAAUGACCUCGCCUUCACCCAUUGGCCCCCUGCCGCAGCCACUCAACUCCGCAAAAUGAUCCUCGCCAACGCCAACAGCAGCAAUUACGCCGUCUUCGACAUGGACAACACAUCAUACCAAUUCGACCUCGAAGAAUCCCUCCUUCCCUAUCUCGAGAACCGCGGAAUCCUCACCCGCGACACCAUGGAUCCCACCCUCAAACUCAUCCCCUUCCACGACAAUUCCACUGCCAAUUUCACCGAAUCCCUCUUCAGUUACUACUACCGUCUCUGCGCAAUCGACGACAUGAUCUGCUAUCCCUGGGCCGCCCAAAUCUGGUCCGGAUAUACGCUCCGACAGCUCAAAAUCUGGGUCGACGAACUCCUCGCCCUCAACACCACCAUCCCCGUAACCUAUUUCGACGACGAAGACGAAGACGGCCUCACACUCGUACACGACACCGUUUCGCCUCCCAAAAUUUUCCGCGGCCAAGUCGAAUUGUACAAUGCGUUGCAGCAGCAUGGCAUCGAAGUCUAUGUAAUGACAGCCGCGCACGAAGAAUUGGUGCGCAUGGUAGCGUCCGAUCCCAAAUAUGGAUAUAAUCUCAAACCGGAAAAUGUCAUUGGCGUGACGACAUUAUUGCGAAAUCGCACAGAUGAGUCGGUUACGACGGCGAGAAAACAAAUUGAAGAGGGCAAAUACAAUGAGACGGCGAAUCUUGAUCUCGUAUUGGAACCUUAUCUCUAUACUCCUGCGACGUGGUUUUCGGGGAAAUGGGCGGCGAUUUUGACGUAUAUUGAUCAGUGGAAACUUCCUGUCUUGGUCGCGGGUGAUACGCCUGGGAGUGAUGGGUAUAUGUUGUUUCAUGGGGUGGAUGUGGCGAAAGGAGGGGUGCAUUUGUGGGUGAAUAAGAGUAGCAGUAAUUGGGAGGAGAUCCAGUCGAUGAUUGUGGAGAAUACGAAGGGUCAGAGGGAAAAUGGGAGAGAGGUUACGGCGGAUAAGAAUUGGGUGUAUGUUUUGCCGAGUGAGAUUCUGUAGGCGACGAUGUUUAGAUGCAUGUAUGUACUCUUGUGAAAGAGGG